UGUAAUUGCUGUAGCUAACUUCUAUGACAGUUUGGCAAAUGCAAAUGGCAAAUGGCUGUUUUCGUGAAUUAGUUGUAAUUGUGUAUGCAGAAUGUAUAGAAAUAUAAGUAAAUAUAUAUUCAUAUAAUGAAUGCUAGUUUAUAUAUUUACAGGAAGAAAUUCAUGCAGCUGUUCUUGUAGGUACUGUUAAUAGAUAAAUUUGUUAUUGUUUACUGUUUUUAAAAAGGAACACUUAAUAUUUGAAAGGAAUCUGAUUCAUUUCUAUAAAACCUCAUAGUUAAUCUGUGUCCACUUUUAAUAUAUAUAUGUACGAUGAGUACCAAAAGGAGUAGAAAGAAUGUUAUAGACACUACAAUGAAUAAUAACUAUAAAAAAUCAAAGAAUGCAGGUACUACAGAUGGUGAUUCUUAUAAUAACGUAAAUAUUAAAAACAGAGAAAAAGCGACUAUAUCUUCUAAUAACAGAAAAUUAGAAGUUGGAAAUAAAAGAAAAUUAUCAGAUAGCGAUGUUUCUCCAUCCAAGGAAAUGAAGAAAAGGGGGAAAAUAUUCACAAAUUCAAAUAUUGCAGAGGGUGUAGAUCUGCCUUCUGAACCUUCCGAUAACUUUAAUUUUCAUAAGGAAUUAAAGAAAAGUAAAAAGAAAAACAAGGUACCUCUAAAUAAUGAAGAAAACAUGAAUAAAAACAGUUCAGAUAUAUUGGAGCCAUUUGUACAGAAAAUGGGUAAGAAAAAAAAAUCUGGUAAGGAUAAAAUUUCUGUGGAUCAUGUAAACACUUUAGUUCAAAAACAGGACAUUUUAUCUUCGAAGGUAGAAGUUGGCUCCAAAAAUUGUGAUGAAAUGAAUGUUCAGUUGAAUAUUAAUAACUUUGAAAAUGAAAAUGUUCAAAAUGAACAGUAUAUCGCAAAUGGUAGAAUGGAAGAUUUAGAAGAUAACCAGUCUGAUUUAAAUGAAACUGAAUUAUUUCCAGAAUUAGUAAACAAAGCGGAAAAUUCAGAGAUACCGAAAACUAAGGAAGUUAUUAAUUGGCCUGAAGAAGAUCUAAAGAUGUUAGUUGAAAGAAUGGAAACUUGUAUUCCAGAACAUGAUACACUAGCUUUUGGAACAAGAGUAGAAAAAUUGGAAUGGGAUACUAUCGCCUUUAAAGAAUACUCAGUUGAAGAUUGUAAGAAAACGUGGUUCUUACUGCAGAAAAAAAUACGUAGGUUUCGUUUAUUGAAAGAAGUUUUAGCAGAUGCAAAAGAAUGGAUAAGUGCACCUAAAAGUAAAAAGAAGAAAACCUCUAGACACCCAGAUAUGCCCAGAAAACCUCUCACUGCUUAUUUCAUAUAUUAUAUGCAGAAAAAGGAUUCCCUUAAUAAAACUCAUGCAGGUUUAGAUGCGACAGAAAUAUCAAAAAUGUUAGGACAAGAAUUUAAAAACCUACCUCCAGAAAAAAGAUUAAAAUACGAAAAUUUAGCUGCCAAGAAAAAAAAGGAAUACGAGAAAAAAUUAGAAGAAUUCUAUCAGUCACAUCCAGAUGUUCCCCGGAUUGUCAAAGUGCAAAAAAUAAGACCGGCAAGGAAACCAAAAUCUCCGAAAUUGCCUAAACCAGUUAAAGAAAAGCCUCAAAAAAUUCCAAAAGAAAGAAUACCUAAAAGGCCUCCUCCUCCAUUCCACUAUUAUUAUUUGUCAGAGUUGGAGAAUCAGAAAGAAGUUGACGAUAGAUUAGCUUUUAAAGAAUUAUGUAAAGAACGUUGGAAACAACUACCUGAUGAAAAAAAGGUUGUCUGGAUUAAUAACGCUGAAAUUGAAUAUGCUAAAUAUGAGGAAGCACUUACAAAGUACCGUCAAAGUCAUCCUGAUAGCAUACAAAAUACUCAUAAGCCAAUACUGACCAAAGAGGAAAUCCAAAUAAAAGAUCGAGUAGCUGGAAAACCAAGUAAACCACCAGGAUCAGCAUAUAACUUAUAUGCUAGAAUAUUAUUGCAAAGUGAGGAGAUAAAAAGUGUCCCCAUUAGAGAUCGACUCAAUUUUGUUUCAAAUCGGUGGAAAAAUUGUCCUGAGCACCAAAAGAAGCAGUAUAAGGAUCUUUCGGCAACGUUAAACGAAAAGUACAAAAUAGAUUAUGCCUCAUACUUAGAAACUCUUCCAGAACCGGAAAGGAAAUUGGAACUUCAGAAGAACUUACCAAAACGACGAAAAUCUGAAUGUUUGGAUGCAGAAAAAAAGGAAAAGGUUAUCAAAAAGAAAUCAGAAAAGAAACCUACCAUAACAAAACUUGUGGAACCUGAACAACCUCCCAUUUCUGCGUUUAAAUACUUUACAACUUUGUAUGAUGGAGAAGAGCCAGCUUUGCAAGCCUGGAAAGCCUUGACACUGGAACAGAAGAAGGUAUAUGAAGACGAAUUAGUUAAAAAAAAGCAAGCUUAUAUUGUAGAUUUUGAAAAUUUUUUGAAAAGUUUGACUAAAGAAGAACUUGAAGCAUUCUCUAACUCAAGAAGAAAAAUUAAAAAAGAGGAACCUGAAGAUGACGAUGAUGAAGAGGGUUCCGGAACAGGUUCAGGAACAGAUGAAUCAGGGACGGAAGAGUCAGGAGCUGAGUCACAUGGAGAAGAUUCUGUUGAUUAAUACAAAUAUAGUGUGCCAGAUACCGUUACGUUUGAAAUGUGUAAUUUCAAUUUUUUUUUGUACAGAAAUUUUCGUACUUUUGUUUAAUAAAUAGAAUUUAAUAGUA